UCCUUGGUCUGUUUAUAUGGAUGUGUUUACAUUUUGGUGCUGAGUCACAUUGGACUAUGGACGAACACGAAUGCACGGACGAACACGAACUAUGGACGUAAGCGGAAACUAAGCCAGCAAGUGACAUCGAUUUCGUGUGCAUCUGUGCUUCUCAAACUAGAGAACCUUGUUCCAACCACUGUACAGCGUACAUCAAUCUAUAUUGUCAUGGCGACCCUCUUUGACAGCAGUAUGAAGUUCGGGUUAAGUCUGUACCAAUCACUAAAGGCAGAGAGUGAAGGCAAGAACGUUUGCUUUUCACCGUUGAGCAUUCACGUCGCCUUGGCAAUGACUCACCUUGGGGCAAAGGGAAAAACGGCAGCAGAGAUCGAGUCUGCAAUGUGUUUCCCAUCACUGAAGCCUGAGGAGCUGCAUACUGCCUUCAAGACAUUGCUGGAUGCUCUGGAGGCUGGGAAGAACAGCUGUGAUCUCCAUGUUGCCAACAGACAUUUCAUUGAGAAGAAAUUCGCGCUUCUAGACACGUUUCGGCAGUCGUCGCAGGACUACUACGCAGCGGAGGCAAAGGCAGUCGACUUUGUCGCAGCCACCGAGGCGGCGAGGUUGGAGAUAAACAAGUGGGUGGCAGACAACACUGCAGACAACAUCACGGAGCUGAUGAAAGCCGGAUCGCUGGAUUCGCUCACCCGCUUGGUGUUGGUCAAUGCCGUGUUCUUCGCCGGGUCAUGGGCGACGCCGUUCACACCACGAGGCAGCCGGCCGGUCGUCUUUCACAUCAGCAAGGAGAAGAAGGCAAACAUAAUGAUGAUGUCAAAGACGGCACACUUCCCUCACUACUUCGACAGCAAGUUUACGUUUCUUGAGCUGCCCUACGGCAAUUCUGAGCUGAGCAUGUUCGUAGUUCUUCCACAAGAGAUGGAUGGCUUAGAUGAGGUUGAGAACGAGAUAACCGCUGAAAAGCUGCGUGAGCUGGAGACCAAAACUACGGAGAUUGAGGUGAUGCUGCAGUUUCCACAGUUUCAGGUCCGUGAAUCCCUCAACCUCGUCAACUCUCUGAAGAAGCUCGGCAUGUCGGACCUAUUCAGCGACGCGGAGUGUGACCUGAGCGGGAUUUCCGGAAAGCGGAACCUGUUUGUCAGCGCGGCGGUACACGAAGCGUACAUGAGAGUUGACGAGCAGGGCACGGUGGCCACCGCCGCGACAGGAAUCGGAAUAUCGCUGAUGUGCAUGCCACCGCAAAUCGUUGUCGACCAUCCGUUCCUGUUCUACAUCAGGGACAGGAAGUCGGGCGCCGUUCUGUUUUUCGGCCGCUUCACGAAGCCCAUGCACACUUUGUGCGUGUGCCCCUGUCCUACGGUUGGGCCCCCGCCAGGGGUCCGCCCGCCCAUGGGCGUACGCGGGCCACCAGGCGUUGCUGCUCCCCCACCUCGCCGGUGAGCGAACGUCUCAUUCCAGCCAUGCUCGGGCAUGGACGUGGAUGGUGAAUCAUUUUCAAUGUGAACUAAUAGAUUCGUUUAGAGGUGAUUUCUGUGAUAGAUUUGAGAGACAACCCUAUUGGAUUUUACUGGACACUGUAGGCGUUUUGUUUUUUAUGCAUGUUGUCAAACGUUGCAGGAAUAAGCAGCAAUUGGGUUUUGAUAGGCAAAUUUGGCUAUUUUAAAAACAAAAUGCAUUAAAAUCGUGAUUUUUCGGCCUAGGUCAGUCCGAAAACGGGUGUGCAUACCCAUCAUUGAAAUUGUCUAGUUGUAAUGCCAGACUUCAUGUGAAGCCAUGUAUACGUUUAAUUACUAAUUCAUGGAAUAGUUUAGCUUUUAUGAUACUGUAUUUUUCUUGCUUUACAUUGUAUUAGAAUCCAUUGCUGAGGUUGCAGAACUGUGAACACGAAAAGUGCGAGUGUGUGUGAAUGAUCGAAUACAUGUAAGAAUUCCAUCCGAAAUAUGCUAUGAUACUUAGAAUUUAAGUCUCUGUGCGUGUGUAAUAUAUAUUACACUUAGAUUGACAUAUUAUCUAAUCUAGCCGAUAUAAUCUAAAGUGGAAAAUGUAAUAUAUAAUUAUAUUAAAAUAGAUUUAUUAUUCAA